UUUAAUCUAUAAGAUGUGUCUUAGGAAAUAUUUGUAAAAAAAAAGAAGGGAAAAAUGUGUAAUAGGAAUUUUACAGGAAUGUAAUAUCCAUGAGUCAAAGACCUUGCGUCCUAGGGGAGUUUCGGUAAGCUGUGCCAAGGCAUCUAGGGGCCUGCACCAGCACACCGUAAACAUCACCAUAACACACCUCUCUUGAGAGGAUAAAUACCUGCCCAGGAUGGGCCUGGAAUGUUUACUAAGACCGUACAGUCUACAUCUAAUUCCUAGGAGGAAUCGCUGUCAAUUAUGUGAAGAUGCCCAAACUAUUAUUUUCAAAGAUUCGGAUCUAUGAAUUGAAGGAUAUACCGCAAAAAAGAACACAGAGAAGAAGGAUCGAUAUCCUUCUAAGCAGAAAAAGACAGAAAAAAGACAUCCAGUGUAUUCUGGCACAAAAGAUAAAUGAUGAGUCCUUUUCUACAAAAAUCAAUCCAGAGGACAAUAGAGGAAUCCAGCCAACUCUUGAGACCUUGUUGAAGGACGAAAGGUGCCUUGCAGCCUUCCGAGCCUUCCUGCGGUCCGAAUUCAGUGAGGAGAAUAUUGAAUUUUGGCUAGCAUGCAGAGACUACAGAAAGACCACCUCACCGGCUGACCUGUUCUGGAAAGCAACAGAGAUCUACCAGGAGUUCCUCCAUCCUCAGGCCCAGAGAGAGAUCAACGUUGACCACCACAUCCACGAGAAGAUCAAAAGGUCCAUGAAAGCCCCUGCUCUGUGCUGCUUUGACGAGGCAGUGAGACAUGUGUACAAACUGAUGGAGAGCGACUCGUAUUCCAGGUUCCUCAGGUCAGAUGCCUACCUGGGGCUCGGACGCAAAGCCAGGACCUUCUGGUAGAGGUUAGGGGUCAAGAGUUUGUGAAUCAAGAUUCACCAAGUCCAAACAAGGAGGAUUACCAAACGAGUCAUGGAAACAUGAGACUUUAGAUCCUGAGGAUAGAACUGAAAGAUCCCCACAGGAAGUGACACAUAAUGACCACAGGAAAUGACUUAUGAGUUGGAGAAGAAGAAGAAAUGAGUAUAGAGUAUGGAGAAGCAUUGAGUGUUAGAGAUGAGUGAUGUGUGGUGAUGAGUAGUGUCAAUGAUUCAGAGUGCUAAACAGUACAUUUAUUCAAACAUCUAGACUGACUGAUGCAUCAAAAGUGGCGUUGGCGUAAAAAAAAUGUGUGUAUAGGGAAUCGUUUUAGGUAAGAACAGAAGGUACAGAAUGUCUAAAUGGAAGGACUUACAUUACAAAUGAUUACAGAAAUGAGUUACGUAUGGUUACAGAAAUGAGUUACGUAUGGUUACAGAAAUGAGUUACGUAUGGUUACAGAAAUGAGUUACGUAUGGUUACAGAAAUGAGUUACGUAUGGAUACAGAAAUGAGUUACGUAUGGUUACAGAAAUGAGUUACGUAUGGUUACAGAAAUGAGUUACGUAUGGUUACAGAAAUGAGUUACGUAUGG